AUGUCGACGUCGCCGAAGCCACUUUUCGUCUAUGGUACGCUGCGCGCCCUGCCCCUUCUGGCAUGGGCGUUGACCGGAGAAGCCACUCAGGUGGAUGCUAUCAAGGGAAUGCUGCGCAAAGCCACGGUUUCAGGCUACAAGCGGUGUGCGUUGCACGAUUGUGACUACCCUGCGGCUAUCAAGGAUGAAAAUUCAUCUAUCGACAGAUAUGUUCUUCUCCUAGAAACAACCUCACAGCGCCGGAAGCUGGACGAUUUUGAAGAAGUCUAUAAGGCAAUGCCAGUUACCGCUUCGAUCAUCAAAGACUCGGAAGACGACAAAGAAGAAGAAACAAUCGAGGUCGACAUGUAUGUCUGGGAUGGUGACAUGACCAAGAUAUCCCCAGAGCCUUGGGAGUUAGAGCUAUUUAUGGCAGACCGGCUUGAUGAUUGGCUCGAUCUCUUUGAUGGGAUGGAGCUGGUGGGCAGCUCGGAAGACUAG